AUGCCUGACAUACAUCUAAUAAUUAAUGUAGGUGCAGUAUAUAUUUGUACUGAAUGUACAUUUCCCUCACGAAGAUUACAGGAAUUGAUACAGAAACUGGAAAUUACUAAAAAAUAUGGAAUAAAUGGUGACUCAGUAUUUGUAGAACAUAUAUCAACUAUUGAGGAACUGGAGAUAUGUUUGCUUCAUAGAAUUCCAAUAUUAAUGUCUGUACAAAAGAUAGGAUUAAUAAUUAUAGAUUCAAUUGCUGCUCCAUAUAGAGUAGAAGAUUGGAAAGAUGAAUCUAAUAAAAGAGGAAAAAGUUUGAGAACAAUUGGGCAACAGUUACAUAAAUUAUGUAAAAAUGACAUUUGUGUAGUUUGCAUUAAUCAGGUAACAGCAAUUAUGCAUAGUAAUAUAUCUAGUGAUUAUUUGAGUGUACGACCGUCUUUGGGAAUAACUUGGUUAAGUAUGAUAACUAAUUCCAUACAGUUUUACAGAAUAGGUACUAUGAGAUAUGCUUGUGUCAAAUUGUCAUCAAAUUUAUCAGAAAUAACUAUUUCAUUUGAAAUACAAGGAUAUGGGGUAAAAGCAAUAGGUUGAAUAAAACAAAUUGAAAUAAAA